CACUAGUGUUGGAGGGAAAGCGGAAGGGGCGGGGCGAGCGGCCAGCGGCUCCAGCAGUCCGGCUUUCGCGCUCCUUGGACGCUGCGGUCCCGGCGGGGUCGGGGGGCGCACCCAGGCGGUGGAGCUGACCUGUGCCGCACCAUGGUCCACCUCACCCCCGCCCUCUGCAAAGCCUACCGCGGAGGCCACCUGACCAUCCGCCUUGCGCGGGGCGGCUGCGCCAACCGACCCUUCUACCGGAUCGUAGCGGCGCACAACAAGUGUCCCCGGGAUGGCCGCUUCGUGGAGCAGCUGGGCUCCUACGACCCACUGCCCAACAGCAAUGGGGAGAAGCUGGUGGCCCUCAACCUGGUCAGGAUCCGGCACUGGAUUGGCUGUGGGGCUCACCUCUCUAAACCCAUGGAGAAACUUCUGGGUCUUUCCGGCUUUUUCCCUCUACAUCCCAUGAUGAUCACAAAUGCUGAGAGACUACGAAGAAAGAGGGCACGUGAAGUCCUAGCUUCUCAGGAAACAGACACAGAGCCUACAGAAAAAACAGAAGCACACUGACUCAGUGAACACAGCCACGAGUGCAAGUCAAGGGCCUCAAAACCCUUGUGUAGAGCUGUUGGGUUUGAGGGUCAAUAAAGGGCAUUUUCCAAGUCA